AUGUCGUUCGACACUUCUCGAAGGGAGGAACCGGCAAUACUACCGACAUUCCCAGCGAAGGGUUCAGGGCCAACUCUCAACACUAUAAAUGAUGAAGACAUAUCAUCAUCAUUACAUCCUUCGCCUCAAACAACCUUUAAGACAUUCCUAGGUAAUGGUUCGUAUCUCCCAUCAUCGAUACGGCGGAGAAUAGUCUUGCUGAAUCGUUGGUAUUCUCAUUCAUCGAGUGUGAUUUUAAUGAUGGCUCAGGAACGAUCAUUUUACAAGUUAUGA